AUGCCCGCAGAAACCAAAGCAGUCGCAUCCCCUGCAAAGUCAAAACCCACCACCCGCAGCUCCAUUCGGCAGUCUCUCAACCUCGCCUCAGUGAGCAAGGCACUUGUCGAUGUAAUUAGCAAGGAUGGACGCGAGGCCAGCAAAAAUGCUAAGAAAACCAAGGACGCAUCGCGUCGCUCGAGUGUAAUCCCACCAGCUGCCCCCCGUCUCUCCAUGGGCGAUCCCACUGCUAGACCGUCGUCGCAAGUCUCGAAGCGCACAGGCACCCCAGAGUCUAAGACGGUCACUCGCAGGCGAGUAUCCGCCUCGUAUGCCCGCUCGUCGUCGGACGAACAGUCGUCGAAGCCAACAGAGCCUUCGACUUCACCAUCAGCAGUGCUCCCCAGGUCGACUACCCUCCGUCCCAAGAAUCUUAAUGCCACCAAUUCAGCUCUCCCCAAAUAUAGACCCAAGUCAACAGUUGUUGAACCUACGAAGCCACCAUCACCAGUGAGACCUGGGGUUCGGCGUCGUCUCAGCACAUCGGAUGAAGAGAAGAAGGAGCAGAAUCGACCAGGAUCUGCCACAGCUCCAGAGGAGAAAACGUCACGUCCUAUCAGUCCUCUGCCUCAGAGGGCCACCCUCAAGGCGAAUUUGACCAACUCCGUCAAUGCUACACCCCCAUCAACCCCAUCAAAGGCGAAACAUAUGCCUCCUGCAUCUGCCAAGGAAUCCCCUUCCCGCCCCACCAAGAUCGUUAAGACUGCUGCUACUUCUAUUCCUCGCCCACCCUCAUCUAGCUCCUCUGCGCCAUCUGUACAUCUGAAUGCCACACCCAAAAGGCCAACACCCAAGGUUUCUACACCCAAGGCUUCAGGCGUCAAGAGCAAACUUGGACACUCCUCCCAUUCCGCCCAAGAUAAAUCUGGUGGUUCGCCGUUCAAGGUUCCGGCAUCUCCUUAUUCGCGAGAUUCACCUUCACCUUCGGAACGCCAUGCUCGCAAGAACUCUAAGUUUACGACUCCGGCAUCGUCGAUGGCGUCGGGCAACAUGUCGCAUAUAUCAGAAGGCACCAGCGAGCCAGAGGAUAGUGACGAGGAGGACGUUGAACUGCUGCUUGCACCGGUCGCUGCGCUCGGUGCUCCUACACCCGCAAUGCCAAAGAUUCAGACCUCUCGCAAACGGCUCAUCCCACAAACUCCUACACGUCCUGGUCUGCCAACACGCGACAAACUUUCAUAUGUUUCUCCUAUGCCUCCUGAUUCUGACAAGAAAUCCGGGGCGUUUUUGAGACCUCCGCGGCAAACACCUAAUUCAACCGCUGCCCGCGGUUCGAUACUAUCUUGGGAACAACUAGCAAACGAGUCGUCGCGAACCAUCGGCGAGGAUGAGUUCGGUCGUAUGCUUGCUGACAUUCCUGCCCCGUUCCGUUCCGGUGCUGCAUCUCCGAGCCUUAGCUCACAGAUGGAUGUCCCAGAGAGCCCGUGCUUAAGCGCGAUUGACUCUCCAGGUGGUUACGGCUCCAUCUCCCAGGUUCUAUUACCGGACGUGACGCCUUCACCUGCAGUGCACCACGCCGCCCAACAAGCCCGGUUCAACCUACCCUCAGAGACCCCCGGUGCUGCCGAUGCCUCGGCAGUGACCUUCCUCCGAUUGCAGCUCGCUCAGGUGGAGAACACGGCCAAGGAGCGGCUCUUCCAGAUGCAGGCGAUGGAGGAGGAGAUCCACAACCUUAAGCAGGCGCAUGCACUACAGAUGGAAGAGGCCCACAAGCAGAUGCAGUACAUGGAGAUGCAGGGACGCGAGAAUGACGCGAAGGCGUCGUAUGCAACCUCUUUGGAGGAGCAGCUUUGCCAAGCCCAACUACUGCGCGAUCAGGCUGUCGAGGAGGCGGUUGCUCGUGCGCGGCAGACAGAGCACGGCCGGGUGGAGGUACUCAAAUAUGAAAAGUGCAGAUUGGCGGCGGCCGGGUGCGCGGGCCUCGCUGCUUCGAAGUGGGAUAUAGUGCGGAGUGCAUGUGAGGUUGAAUUGGACCUUGUCCGUGGCGACAGGGAACUGUUGGCGCUUUUGUUGGCGCAGGUUGAGCAAUUGUCUCAACCUCUUUGA